AUGGAAAAGAACCUUGCUUUCAUCGCAGUAAUAACGAUGUGCUUUUCAACGGCAGCGACAUCAAAGAUAGCACCUUUGUAUCGUGCUAGACCAGGUACAAGUAUCCCAAAUCAAUACAUAGUCGUACUGAAGGAUGAAUUCGGAGGAGAUUUAGAUCAUGUUCUAGAGGAAGUUGAAAAUUCAAAUCAGUUACGAAAACUGGAUGCAAGAGUAACCCAUGUCUACAGUAAUGUUUACCGUGGCUUCUCGCUACACAUACCAGAGACGGCACUUUUGUGGAUACGGAAGUUAUCUCAAAUUGCUUACGUAGAAGAAGAUUGUAUUAUCACAGCGCAACGUGUGCCAUGGAAUUUGGAUCGCAUCGACCAACGUGACCUUCCACUCAACAGUGUAUAUAUGCCAGCUGGUGACGGUGAGGGCGUUAAUGUUUACGUUGUCGAUACUGGUAUUAGGUAUAGCCACGAAGAAUACAGUGGACGUGCUAGCUUCUUUUACGAUUAUGAAACAGACGGAGACGGCUCAGACUGCAAUGGACAUGGAACACAUGGAGCUGGUGUAGUAGGUGGAACUGACUUUGGUGUGGCCAUAAUGACGUCACUGUACAGCGUACGUGUUUUGUCGUGUUUUGGUGCUGGGUCUACUAGUCAAAUUAUCGCAGGUAUUGACUAUAUUGCUGCAUGGGGAGUGAGACCUGGUGUUGCUAGCAUAUCUAUCGGUGGUGGGCCGAGUACAUCCCUAGACAAUGCAGUUCGAGGGUUAGUGGCUGCCGGUUUCUCGGCAUGUGUAUCUGCGGGCGGAGCAGCUACCAACGCUUGUAACUUUUCCCCAGCCCGAGUUGAAGAGGCUAUUACAGUUGGGUCUAUGGAUUCCAAUGAUUACAUAUCGUCAUCCAGUAACACUGGUCCAUGCAUCGACAUGUUUGCUCCAGGCGUCGAUAUACAGAGUGCAUGGCAUACAAGUGACACAGCUACUGCUGUGUUAAGUGGAACAUCCUCGUCCACGGCUCAUGUUGCGGGUGCAUGCGCCAUCAUAUUAGAAGAAAACCCAACUUGGUCACCGAAACAGGUUGUCACAGAGUUAAUUGAAAACUGCACCAAGGGCAGACUUCAGAAUGUACCUGACGGAACUUACAAUCGAAUUGUAUACACAG